AUGAUGCGGCGGGAAUCAUCAGAGUCUUCCCCGAGAAGAACGUGCAGGGCUACCGCCUCGGCUAUGGCUGCGCCUUCCUCAUCAAGGCGCUGUUGCUCCUCCUUCUUCUUCUGCUUCUUCUUCUCAAGUUCGGACCUUAUGGCUGCAGAGGCCGCCAGGGCUUUCUCGAGGCGCCGCUUCUUCCUCUCAGCCUGCUUGA